AAAUGCGGAAUUAGUUACUCAGUCUCUUUUUUAAUCUGUGGUUUGACGUUGAUUACUGUGACGUUGACGUUUCGGCCUUUCACCCCAGGGCUCGUUCCGUCCGCUCGUCCUCCCUCUUUCCGAAAUUUACCAUGGCGGCUGGGGUACUGUACACUUAUCCGGAAAACUUCCGAGCUUACAAGGCGUUGAUCGCCGCACAAUACUCUGGAGCCGACGUCAAAGUAGCUCCCAAUUUUGUGUUCGGGGAGACUAAUAAAUCAGAGGAAUUCCUUAGGAAGUUCCCUGCAGGAAAAGUUCCGGCGUUUGAAAGUGCCGACGGAAAGGUUUUGCUGACUGAAAGCAAUGCCAUCGCUUAUUUGGUUGCAAAUGCAGCGCUCCGUGGAAAUGACUUGCAAACACAAGCACAAGUGUGGCAAUGGGCAUCAUGGGCUGACAGCGAGCUCCUGCCUGCCUCCUGCGCUUGGGUGUUCCCAUAUCUCGGCAUUAUGCAGUUCAACAAACAGAACGUAGAGCGCGCGAAGUCGGACCUGCUGGCGGCGCUGCGCGUGCUGGACGCGCACCUGCUGUCGCGCACCUUCCUCGUGACGGAGCGCGUCACGCUCGCCGACAUCGUCGUCUUCACCACGCUGCUGCACGCCUUCCAGCACGUGCUGGAGCCGUCACUGCGCGCGGCCGUGCCGAACGUGACGCGGUGGUUCCUGACGCUGCAGCACCAGCCGCCCGUCACCGCCGUGUUGCCUCCCGCGCAGCUCUGCGCUGCCACGCCCGUCGUGCCCAAGUUCCAGCCUCAACAAGACAACAAGAAGGACGGUGCAAAGAAAGACAAAAAGAGUGAAAAGAAAGAACAGGCACCCAAAAAAAAAGAGGAGGCCAAACCAGCCCCAGACCUAGCUGAUGAGCUGGAUGAGAAACCAAAGGAGUCCAAGGACCCAUUUGAUUCACUGCCAAAAGGAACAUUCAACAUGGAUGAUUUCAAGCGCUGUUACUCCAAUGAGGAUGAGGCCAAAUCUAUUCCUUACUUCUGGGAAAAGUUUGAUCCACAGAACUACUCUAUCUGGUAUGCCGAGUACAAGUACCCAGAGGAGCUCGCCAAAGUGUUCAUGAGCUGUAACCUGAUCACAGGCAUGUUUCAGCGACUGGACAAGAUGCGUAAGCAGGCAUUCGCAUCUGUUUGCCUGUUCGGCUCCGACAACGACUCCACCAUCUCGGGCGUGUGGGUGUGGCGUGGCCACGAGCUCGCAUUCCCGCUCUCGCCUGACUGGCAGAUUGACUAUGAAUCCUAUGACUGGAAAAAGUUGGACCCAACCAGUGAUGACACAAAACAAUUAGUACAGCAAUACUUCUCCUGGACUGGCACCGACAAGCAAGGCCGCAAGUUCAACCAGGGCAAGAUCUUCAAAUGAAGCGCCCCAGUGCCCCCUAGUGCCGCAUUCGAUACCGCCCCGCGGUAAUCGCCCGCGCAGCGGUAUCGCAUGCCGCUCUUCUACUCGAAGGCGACCAUCUACUCUAAGAGCGAACAGUGUCUUAUAUAAUAUAAACACUUUGUAUUUGCAUUUAUUUUCAAAGUACCCUCAAUACAGAUCAGUCUUAAUUACAUUUUUACGGAAGCCAGCUUUGUAAUAAAUAAAAUUGUUUUUAUUUAUGAA